CAGCAGAAAACUUACAUGCUCUGAGCACUGGAGAGAGACGGUUUGGUUAUGAAGGCUCCUGCUUUCACAGAAUAAUUCCCGGAUCUAUGUGCCAGGGUGGUAACUUCACACACCAUAACAGCACUGGCGGCAAGUCCAUCUAUGGGGAGAAAUUUGAUGAUGAGAACUUCAUCCUGAAGCAUACGGGUCCUGGCAUAUUGUCCACGGCAAAUGCUGACCCCAACACAAACGGUUCCCAGUUUUUCAUCUGCACUGCCAAGACUGAGUGGUUGGAUGGCAAGCAUGUGGUCUUUGGCAAGGUGAAAAAGGGCAUGAAUGUUGUGGAAGCCAUAGAGCGCUUUGGGUCCAAGAAUGGCAAGCAAGAAGAUCACCAUUGCUGACUGUGGACAAAUAUAAUAAAUUUGACUUGGGUUUCAUCUUAA